UUUUUAGUUCGAGAUCGGUUCUGUAAUAUUAGAGGUGUCCAAAGUUCAAGGAAUGAUCAAGUGCUUGUCCAAAGAAGUUCAAGCUAAACUGCGCUCAGGAAUCGCCAUAUUUUCACUACAACAGUGCGUGGAGGAGCUGAUCCUGAAUAGCAUUGAUGCCGAGGCAACAUGUAUUGCUGUGAAGAUAGACUUAGUAGCCUGCAAAGUGCAGGUUGUAGACAAUGGCUCAGGGAUGGAAAGGGAAGACAUGGAAAAUGUUGGAACCCGAUAUUACACAAGCAAAUGUUGCUCACUGGAGGACCUGGAUAAGAUUUGUUUCUAUGGAUUUAGGGGUGAGGCUAUUGCUAGCAUUGUCUCCCUUGCAGGUAUGGUGGAAAUAUCUUCCAGGACAAAGCUUUCUGUGAAAACCCAUGUUAAAAUCUUUGAUGAAGGAAAAGGGCUAGAUGUGUUCGAAGCACAGACUACUCGGCCUUGUUCUGGGACAACAGUGUCCAUAUGCAGCUUCUUCUACAAUAUGCCAGUUAGGAGGAAGAGGAUGGACUCUGUGCUGGAACUGGAACAGAUUCGACAGCGAGUUGAGGCCAUAUCAUUAAUGCAUCCUUCUGUAUCAUUCACAGUGAAGAAGGAAUGCUCUAAUGUCAUGCUGGUGCAGCUUUCCAAAGCCAGGAAUACCUACUACAGGUUUGUUCAGAUCCAUGGUUUGGGGAGAGCCCAGAAGCUUGGAGAGAUCCAUUACACCCAUGGCCAGUUUGAAAUGACUGGUCACAUUGGUCGUGAGGGCCACUACAGUAGUUCCCUGCAGUUCUUAUUUGUGAAUAGAAGACUUCUGCUGAAAACUCGUAUUCAUAAGCUGCUCAAUAACCUCCUCAGGAGGGUGAGCAGUGUAAGCAAGCAAAACAGCCCUGGUGGAUCCCAUGCCACAACAAGCCCUAAAUUAAGAACUGGGACAGAUGUACAUGGAGUUUAUGUCAUUAACAUUAGCUGCCCUCAAAAUGAGUAUGACAUAUGCCUAGAGCCAGCCAAAACUCUAAUAGAGUUUAAAGACUGGGAUAAUGUCCUGCUUUUCAUUGAGGAAGGGGUAAAAGCAUUCCUUACAAAGGAGAACCUGGUGACUGAAUAUUCAAUGAGGAACAGCCAGGACGAUGGGUCUCCCACGGUCUUCGAUGACCAGGAUAAUAGUGCAGAGGGGGUUGAGGAUGACUUACAGCAUAUCAGUGGAGAUUGUGAAAAGGAGAUGAUGCUGUCAUCACACACAGUGCACAGAAAAUUGGGGGGUGAUUUUAAAGGUACUGGAAGAUUUAGUGCAGCAAACAAUAAACUUGUUGCAACAGUUGAAGAAAGCCACACAGUCCAAGAUCAAGAGGCUCAGAGCAUUGAACAGAAUCUACAAUGUGUUUCCUUAAAUGCAGAACCCAAACUAAAUACAGAUUUGGAUACAGAAAUAGAUUUUCAACAAGAUGAACUAGUUCAUCAGCUUCCCACAUCAACCUCUAGGCCAUCUGUGGUCAUGAACAAAGAGGGGAUAGAAGAUCAGGAUUCUGUUUUCUCUGGUAAAGCAGACCAUGAAUUGGAACUUAAUGUCAUUAAUAACAGCGUCACACUAAGUCUCAGUGCUAACAUACUUGAUGUUGAACAGGCAGCGAAGAAUUCAAAAAACACAGAUAAAAAAGCAAUUUCCCCAAUACAAAACUUUGCACCGAAGAGGAAGCUGUCUUUACUUGAAGAUCAGAAUGUAAAGAGACAUUAUCACAGUGGAUGUCCCUCAUCUGUAGUUUCCAAGGUAACACUGUGUCAAAAUUUUGCCGGGUCUCUUGACAAGUUCAGAAGGAUGUAUGGGAAGGAUGCUGACACAACACAGCAGUCUUUGACCACCAGUGGGACUGAUGUGUCUAAAGCAACUGCUGAGGUUCCUGAAACACUGGCAGAAUUACAUGAAGAAAAUGAGUUGAUGUGUCACAUGGAGGAGUCACCAGUGAGGCAAGAAAUAGGCACCAAACCAGGGCACAAACGUCCGUUACAGGAUAGUCCGCCGACCCUCUCUGCAUAUACUGAAUUGAAAAGCACUGCAAAACAGACUAAGAAGAAUAAAACAUCUUUGGCUGCCAAACUCUCUCACUUGACACAUUACAAAAAGAAGGAUAAAAGGCUUGGAUCUGAAUCUGAGGAUUCCCUUGAUAUUAUGAGGAACUGUCUAUUUAAAGAUGUGGGAAAGCCUGACUUGGUUAUGGAUGAGCAGUCCAAUGACAACUGUGCUAGUUUUACCUCCAUGCCAGGUACAAGAUCGCCAACCUCUACCUCAGGAACUAUGCCCAGUUCUUUUCAAAUGUUAUGUUUCUCAGGGUCACACUCAUUGCCAGGCAAAACAUUAACCUCAGCUAGUCUAGAUGAACCACAGCCCCUUAACUUAACGCUAAACACUGACGGGAAGGCACCAGAGGAAGGGAAGGAGAGCGAAAAUGAUUGCAUUAACUCUGAAUCCAGCAAAUGGCAAAUGUAUUUUGAUGAGCCGCUAGGGAAGUUUGUUUAUAUCAACGAAGUGACGGGACUGAGUAAAUAUGAAGCUCCCUCAGAGGAAGAGUCAGCAGUGUCGUGUACCAGUGAUGUCACUAACAUGGCAGUGAGUGUCCUCUCUAACAAAGAUGACACCCAGGGACCUAGUGCACUAGAAACUCUGUUUUCUGAGUGGAACAACCCAGUCUUUAUACGACCUCCUGAGGUUGCUGUUGAUGUAACUGUUGGUCAGGCAGAAGGUUUGGCUGUCAAAGUCCAUAACAUCCUCUUCCCCUACCGUUUCACCAAAGAUAUGAUGCACUCCAUGCAGGUAAUCCAUCAGGUGGACAAAAAGUUUCUUGUUUGCCUUAUGAACACAACUGACAAAGAUUCUAUGAGCAACUGUGAAACUGAAGGAAACCUUGUGGUGUUGAUUGAUCAGCAUGCGGCACAUGAGAGAGUUCGUCUGGAGAGACUGGUCGCAGAGUCUUAUGAAGAUGACCCAGACAUGCCAGGUCAAAGACGACUCUGUUCCUCCAGAGUAACUCCACCCCUGGAGAUUAGUGUUUGUGACGAAGAGAUUAGACUCCUGAGAUCCUGUCGGCCCUUCUUGAAAGACUUGGCCCUGGAAGUUUCCUUCCCUCAGACAGAGAAACCCCAUGUCCUGCUGGAGAAAGUUCCCACAUGUUUCAUAGAGAAAGAGAAGACAGAGAUGAGUAGCGGCAGGCAAACUGUCAUAAGAUCUAUUGCAGAAGAGUAUGUUCGCGAAUUGAUUGAGCUCGUGCGCUCCACAGGCCGAGUGAGAGGAACCCUGCCAUUGACUGUCCAUAACGUCCUCGCCUCACAGGCAUGUCAUGGAGCAAUUAAGUUCAACCAUAGCUUGAGUAAAGAGGAGUCCAGAAACCUUGUGCGCUCCCUAUCCACCUGCCAGCUGCCCUUCCAGUGUGCCCACGGAAGACCCUCCAUGACCCCUCUUGUUGACCUGCUCCACCUCAGCAAUGAAUCACAGGAGCCUCCUAAACCAAAUCUGAGAAAAUUGAGACGAAUGUGCAAGGCCUGGCAACUUUAUGGGAAGGACUGAUUGAGGUCCAUCUUAAAGAAUUUGUA